AUGCUGAAAUUUCUAAUCCUCUCCAUCCUUUUGAGCAGUGCUGCUGCUGCGCCCCGUGGUGCACGAAAUGGUGGCAGUAUCCGUGGGAUUGCCGAGCGCCAGUUGCAGAAGGACAAUGACAUGAACAACAACAUGGGUGGCGGUGGCGGCGGCGGCGGCGGAAAUGGCGACGGCAACGGUGGCGGCAACGGUAUCCUCGAAGUCCAUGGAUGUGAGCCUGACCCUCAAGUAGCCAGAGACUAUGUGGAUAUUCAAGGACACGCUGAUAAGGGAGAUAUGGAUUGCUAUGCCGACCCAGUCAAUGCCUGUGGGGGAGGGUGCUGUCGGUUUGACAAGUACUUUAUCUGUGAUUCCGACACAUUCCCCCACUUGGCAUGUGUUUGCAACGGCAAUACAGCACCACUUCCAGUGGUCACUCCGAACCCAACAGUUGCUCCAGUGGCUACUCCAAACCCAACAGUUGCUCCAGUGUUACCUGCUGCCACGCCUGAACCUUUUACAUUGCCACCAGCUGCAGGGGGUGUUACAUUGCCACCAGCUGCUACCUUUACGUUGCCACCAGUCAACACCACUGACAUGGGGGGCAACGCUACCAUGCGAAGUGCAGACUACGUUUUGGACCCUGAAUCGGACAUCUUUGAUUAA